CCAUGGUAGAAAAAAAAAAAAAAAAUCAUAAUACCGCUGGUAAAAACACCUGCUGUAUUUACCGUAGGAGAGAUUUUCGCUCCACCAAUUAGUAUUUACUGUUUACAUACAAUUGGGUGUUUACGUUUGAGAAUGAAAGCUUUCUAGAUUCUUUCUUAUCUGACUGUCAGUGAUUUCAAGCAUUUGCGUAGAAGGUAUAACAAUGAGUUCGUCUUCUGAUGUUGAAACUGAUCUUCUCAGCUAUGCCAAUCCAAACUAUCAACUAACCUCUUCUGAUGAAAAUUGUAAUAUUGAAGUAGAUGGCAGCUAUGAUGAUAUAUAUGAAGGUUUAGAUGUUGCAUGCAAAAUUAAUCGAAGAUUAAGUAUCCGAGGAAGACGUAAAUAUGCCAGUUUGGAUCCUGUGUCUAUGGGUGUGGACGUUGAUCUAGAAACAGUACCUAUGCUUACUACGAAUACAGAAAACAAUUUAAAUCAGACACAGGGUUUGAAAUCUUCAGAUAGAGAAGAAACUUUCCCUGGGAAUGACAAUGGUAAUUCUGUUUUCGAUUCAAAUGAUAACAAAGAAAUGGGGAAGAAAUCAAGCUUUCUAGAUUAUUACAUAAGUCUAGAAGCAGCAGCUUCUGUCAAAGAAAAUAAAUCUCCUUCAUUUCAAGCACUGUGCAGUUGUGAUUCUUCCAUUCAGAAGCCAAGUGCAUCGUUAGUUUCAGAAAAGUUAGCUGGAUCUAACUGUGAGAAACAUUCAUGCAAUGAGUCAUCUGACAGUGACUGCCUUCCCUCUGGCUGGGAGCGCCAUGAAGAUGAUAGUGGACCAUAUUAUUGGCAUAUUAGUAGUGGAACUAUCCAACGAGAUCCUCCCAUUACAUAUAGCUGUAACAGAAUUUCCAGUAGAAUAUCAAAAGAUUUAGAAGUUAAUUCUUCAAAGAAGGAAUUGUAUUUAAAUACACGCAAAACAUCUUGUGAAAGCAAUGCACCAAAUGGCAUUCACCGUAACAAUGUUCUGGGAGUGCAUUCCAUAGAUGAAAAAAUAAAAAGAAGAAGUUGUCCAGAUGGAUCUUGCAGUUUAACCGCAGAUAAAAGGCCUAUACGUUUUGCUGUUCGAUCACUGGGUUGGGUGGAGAUUGCUGAGACAGACUUAACUCCUGAACGAAGCAGCAAAGCCGUUAAUAAAUGCAUUGUCGACUUGUCUAUUGGAAGAAACGACAUUCUUGAUAUCGUUGGAAGAUGGGGAGAUGGUAAAGAUUUGUUCAUGGACUUAGAUGAUUAUUCUUUGCGUUUAAUGGACACUCAAGACUUAACUGUUCUGAAUACCCAGCCUAUCCAUACGAUUCGUGUAUGGGGAGUUGGACGUGAUAAUGGACGGGAUUUUGCUUAUGUUGCUCGUGAUCGUGUCACUAAGAAAUAUAUGUGUCAUGUCUUUCGAUGUGACAUACCUGCUCGAAUUAUAGCGAAUACAUUAAGAGAUAUCUGUAAAAAAAUCAUGAUUGAGCGUAGUCUUCAGAGAAGUUUAAAUAAGCACAGCGAGUCAGCUGUUUUAUGUGAAGGAGAGAAAUCUGAAGGAAUCCAUGGGACUCCUGCUCGUCCAACUGAUUUACCUAUGGAACAUGGGCUUUUUCAUCAUGAUGACUCUCUAAGUUCCUAUGUAGGUCAGCUUUUUCCUACUCCCAUGGAGGAGCCCAAGAAAGUUUUGAAGGUUUAUUAUUUAGGUUCAACAAACGUUGAAAAGGCAACUGGUGUGGAUGUAUUGAAUAAUGCUAUCGAGGAACUUGCUGCUUCUGUUCGAAAAUCUGAUUAUAAAUAUGUGAACGUAGCUGUUGCUCCUUCUACUAUUACUAUAUCAGAGCCUGGGGAUGAAGGUAAUCAGUUAGCAGAAUGUCGUGUUAGAUUUCUGUCCUUUCUUGGGAUUGGAAAGAAUGUUAAGCAUUGUGGAUUUAUUGUGCAUACUGCCCUGGAUGAAUUUGUAGCCCACGUAUUUUAUUGUGAACCAUCCUCUGGAGCUCUCUGCAAAACUAUUGAAGCUGCUUGCAAAUUGAGAUAUCAGAAAUGUUUAGAUGCACAUAGACAAGAUUCGGAUUCUAAAAAUCUAGAAGCCCAGAGAAAGGGCUUACGUACGGCUUUAAGAAGUGUUUUUGGGACUUUCUUCAUGGCACGGCAAAGAAGAAGUGCUGAAACAUGAAAAUAGUGGAAUUUCCUCUAGAAAAAAAUUAUCCAGCCAUAUUUAUUUACAAUGUUUCUUUUUAUUGAACUAGGUAUUUUAUGUACAAUACAGAAGCCAUAGAACUUUCCUUUCGUAGAUAUUUGUUUUUAGUGCAUUUAACCCUAGACUAAUAAUUGUCUAGGUUUGUUAGCUUACAUAGAGCGCUUUGUGUCCCUUUUGGAUUCAUUCAUUCUACACGAUGCAAACAUAGACUAUCUUUCCCCGAUACUCAUUUUCUAAUGUAAAUAUAUGUAAAAUAUGAUUUUGUUAUAACAUAUUUUUUUUAUGCUAAUAAUACACUCUUAUUUCAUAAAAGGAAUUUUUGACAUGUCAAAAUGAUAAAUAGUAAUUUUGAAAAUACUGUCUCAAAAGUGGUAAUUACUUUUUACUGAAAAAUUAAUUUAUGUUCGGAUAGUGUUGGCUGUGCCAUUUCAUUCCAGAAAUCCUAGUUCACAUAUUAUCAUGGCCAUUUGAGAGAAAAUGUUGUGCGUACAUCUUACUAAAUGAUUUCAUGCUUAAAAUUAAAACUAUUGAAAACAAAAGAGCAAAAACAUGUAUUUAUUCUGGUUAAUAUUUUAAGUAAGAAAAAGUUGAGCAGCUGCAAAUUUAUGAAUUUUUGCUAAAAUGAAGUUCUAAUAAUAUUAGAUUUGCUGGGUAAUAUUUUAAAUCUAAUAUGUCAUAUAUUUAUAUUUUUUGUAGAUAUGAUGAUUUAUGUGGCAUAUAAAUUUAUUGUUUGUAUUGGAAUUCUUUUUUAUUCAUUUGUGAUAUUUAAUCUAUGUAGAUAUAUAUAAAAUACAUUUCAUGUUGUUGCAAAUAGAUUUUUCUUUUAGAAUAUUUUAUUGAUCUUCUGAUGCAGCUAAAGUUUUUAAAAAUUUGUGUGGUUUUAAUAUUAUUGAAGAAUAUGUGGCUGCUCUGUUUUAGUGAGUUGUAUUAUUUGUGAAAAAGGAUCAAAUCAUAGAUAUUCAGAAAUUUGUAAACUAAUUCAUGAAUGGAAUUUAUGAUAUAUUGUUGAUUUUAUAUAUUGGACAUCGAAUCACUGGCAAAGAUUUCACUCUGUUUUGGUUCUGUUAAUUUGUGUUUUUGAUAAGCUGAAAUGUUUUUGAAGAUUUAAGAAUGUAUUAUUCUUUUUAAAACAAUUACUAAACAUUUUAAGAAUCCCCAUUCGUGCAUUUGUUAUGCAAAUUGUUAUUAUUGGUGUAUUUUACUGAAAAGAUUUUUGGUUUAUAGACCCUAUAAACUAUAGUUCGGUACUGCAUUUAAAAAAGAGCCUUGCCUAUACAAAUGAUCAGUACAUCUGAAUGUCUGAUUUCUUCAAUUAUUUGAAGAUUUAUGAGAAUAAUAUUCACAAGUUCUUUACCAUCAAAAUUUUAGAAAAAGUAUCGUGUGAAAGAUGACAUAGCUAUUCUUUCUAUCACUUUAACUGUGAAAUAAACCCUUAACAUUAAGUGGUCUUGAUUUUUAAAAAGUUUGAAUUAGGAUUCAUAAAAAUGUAAGACUGAUAUUUGUAUAGUGUCAUGGGUUAUAAGUUAAGCUGAAUUCCCUCAAAGAAAUUUUAAAAGCGCAGUAAUGUUUGGGUAAAUUGAAAGAUUAAGUCCUCUUUAUUUAAAUCAAUUUUAUUAAUGUAAUCUGAGCUGGUAUCUUUUAACCCUUUGCAGCGCAGUGUUCCACUACAUGGAACUUUGCUCGCUUCUUAAAUCAUUAAAUUAAACUAUAAAUGGAAAAAAUAUGUUUAAGAAUCACAUUUAACCUUCUUUUUUAAUAAUAUAUGACAAUUUAAAUUAAGCCGAUCCAUAAUUUUCAGAUAUAGCACGCUAUGUAAAAGCUUAUUUUUUUUUCAAGGAAUUUUGUUAAUUUUUUUCUAGUAAAAAAUAAUUGUUAGAAAAACAAUUGCAAUGUUAUUUUUAUUGUCUGUAUUUUAAACUAAUUAUUGAAUUUUUUUUAAUUUUUAAUUUUAAUUUAGAGAAAGCAUAGGUACAAUCGUUGGAUAAAAUUAGGUGUUCCAUCAGCUGGAAAGCUGCACUCAUUGUGUUACCCGGCAGGACGCUAUGCCGGAAAGAGAAUACCUGUGUCUCUUUCCGGAACGUAUAUGUAAAAGUAUGUUAUUUUUUACUUAGUUUUUAAUGAACAAAAUACUCUUGAUUUUAUUUAAUAUUUUGUAAGUUCUUGUCGAUACAGCUUUUUAUAAUAAUAUUGCAGGUUGCCUCAUGUUAAUACACAUGAAUAGACAUAACUUUUGCUUAGUUCUGUUACUUGUGAUGAAUAUAGCUGUUUCAUUAUAAUUUCUGUUAUUCGUCUACUUUCAGUUUUAGGUUGGAAAUUAUAUUUUUAAGAACAUGGAUAAAUAAAACUUCAAUGAAUAUCCCAAAUGAUUAGUCGUAGUUUGAAAACAAAUAUGUAUGUGUGUGAAAAAUGCUUAAGAAUGUCCUGUCAUGUAGAAAUUGCUUCUAACUAGUCAGAAAACUGUUUACUAGUUUAAUCUUUAUACACCUCAAUGAUUUUAUUUAAAAUAUUUAGUUUCUCUUAAAGUUUAAAAUGUAAUUAUGAUUACGCUGGUUUUAAUAUGCUAAGUAAAACAAAUCGGGUGUUCAUUUGAAAAAUCUUAUAGAUAAAAUUUCAUAGAAAUAAUUAAUGCAAACUCUUUGUAUAUAAAUUUUGGAAAGAAACAUUCAUUAAUAUUUCUGCAAGUGUGAUAUUUGUAUACAUUUUUGUUAUUGUUGAAAUAUUGUUCCAUUUUUUUUUAUUCAUCUACGUCCUUUUAAAAUUUUGCAUAUCAACUAAAUGUAUAGCUUAUUUCAGGGCAUCAGUGUCAGUUAUUCACUCUGAAAUUAAUCCACAUUUCAGAAUAAUAAAUUCUAUUGUUUAUUUAAAGUA